AUGUCUGAAUUCGUCAAGAAGUGCCCAACUGCUCAAUCUUACUACGAAUUGGGAGCCUCCGACUUGGAGUUCAGAUUCCCAGAGCCAGGUUUCUUGGAAGGUGUCAAGACCAAGCAAAAGGCUAUUGUCAAGGUUUCCAACAUGACUUUCCAAUACCCAGGUACCGCCAAGCCUCAAAUUCAGGACAUUUCUUUCCAAUGUUCUUUGUCUUCGAGAAUUGCUGUUAUUGGUCCUAACGGUGCCGGUAAGUCCACUUUGAUCAACGUGUUGACCGGUGAACUAUUGCCAACUGUUGGUGAGGUUUACACUCACGAAAACUGUCGUAUCGCUUACAUUAAGCAGCAUGCUUUCGCUCACAUUGAAUCUCACUUGGACAAGACCCCAUCUGAGUACAUCCAGUGGAGAUUCCAAACUGGUGAAGACAGAGAAACCAUGGACAGAGCCAACAGACAGAUUAACGAAGAUGACACUGAAGCCAUGAACAAGAUCUUCAAGAUCGAAGGUUGA